GCGUGUUCUGGGGGCGGGAGCGGUCCUCAGCUCGACCCAGUUUGAAAGUGAACGGACUGUCCAGUCUUCGCUUCAGCCACCAGACGUCAACAAUUAGCCUACUUGUCAACAAAAAAGAACAAAAAUAAACAGAAGCCCCGAUCCCGAGUGUGCUUCAACCUGCCGUCGGCCCUCCUAACGAGCCGCCACCAUGAUGCGAAAGGACGUGAACAAGCCCAAGGGGAAGACGUCUGCGUACGCUUUCUUCGUGCAGACGUGUCGAGAGGAACAUCGCAAGAAGAACCCGGAGCAGUCAGUGAACUUUGCCGAGUUCUCCAAGAAGUGUUCAGAGCGAUGGAAGGGUUUGUCUCCCAGUGAUAAGAAGUGUUUUGAGGACAUGGCCAAGGCCGACAAAGUGCGUUACAACAGGGAGAUGAGAGAUUACGUCCCACCCAAAGGCUUUGGAAAGAGGGGGCGCAAGAGGAAAGACCCCAACGCACCCAAGCGGCCACCGUCGGCGUUCUUCGUGUUCUGCAGUGAGUACCGUCCCAGCGUGAAGCAGCAGUACCCCGGGCUCUCCAUAGGCGAUUGCGCCAAGAAGCUGGGUGAGAUGUGGAGCAAGUUAUCACAGUCUGACAAGCUGCCGUACGAGGAGAAGGCGCAGAAACUCCGGGAGAAAUAUGACCGGGAUAUGGUAGCGUAUCGGGGUGGCGUGUCAUAUGCCAGGAACCCCGGUUCAUCCGCUCAGGGUGGUGAGGAAGAGGAGGAUGACGAAGGCGAGGAUGAUGAUGAAGAGGAUGAUGAUGACGAGUAGGGACCCACGGUUGUAUGUAUGUGUGUGUGCGUGUGUGUGUGUGCGUGUGAGAGAGGAGGGGUCAAGUCAAGCCGUUCAAACAUUUUGCUUUUUCUUUUUAAGACAAAUACGUCUCCAAGCUGCUGAUUGGCUUAUAAAGUGGCAGGGGCGGAGCUUCACAGGAGGCUCAGUUACAGCCAAUCAGAGACACUUGUCUUGCCACGGUGACAGCCACCCCCCCAAUGGGCUGAUGCCUUUUAAAAAUUGUAAUUACUUGAGUUCUCAAAGCACCUUGCUUCCUGUGUGGUGGGUUCCAGAUGUGACAUAAACACACUCUGGAUGAGUGAUUUAGUGCGUGUGCGUGUGUGUGUGUAGGUAAGGUGAGGUCCGAGGACGGUGAUAAUAGAGACCCCUCCCCACAACCACCACUGUUGCCAUGGUUACCCCAACACCAGCCCCCUCCCCUCAGCCAUGCUUACCUGUAUGUUGCCAUGGAGACCCUGGACUAUUCAUUGUCAUGCUUUUAUUUGUUUGUUUUUGUUCACAGUCAAUGUAGAAACAACUUUUAUAAUAAAACAAGAGAGGAAAACGCA